CGACAUCCGAACGCAUCGUCACAAGAAAUUUGGUUUGAAGUUUGUAGUAGAUCCUCAACUACUGAAAGUCCGAUCUAAUUAUGGCUUCUUCUGGAAUUCGUAUUAAGCUAGAAAGAGAAGAGCCAGGAGGUGAGGUGGAUGCUGCACGAGGGAGAUUUGAUGCAGCUCUUCAGGGGCUACUGCAGAAGGAUGAAGAAUCGGAUUCAGAAAAUGAAUCAGACAAUGAGAGCAAAUCCAAAGUUUUGAAUCUUCGUUCCCCCAGCACCAAGAUUGGUCUAAGCAGCGGUAGGAGUUCCCGGCCACCCCGCAAGAGACGCAGGAAAGAGGUCGACCUCAGGGACUCGGGCUUCCACCAUACGUUCGUCAUGCGGAUGUUUGACCGGAGCGUGGACCUGGCACAGUUUGAUGAGACGUCACCCUUGUAUCCCAUCUGCCGGGCAUGGAUGAUCAACCAACCCCAUAACUCCAGUCUGAAUGUAAAGCAAGAACCAUGCAGUCCAAGCGCAGAAAUGUUCAACAGUACAGAGGAGAGCCAGGAUGGAGAUUUUGUGCGGGAAAUCCUUUCAGACGGCCCCCCUGCCAUGUACACAAAGAUCCCAUCCCCGCACCCAUGGCCUGAGAACACAGGAACCCGGGACCCGAGGAUACCUGAACCUCUCCCUCACCCAGAGAGUAGAUUAGAGGAGAUAAAUAACCUUGAGCACACUCCAGCUGGCUUGUUGCUGACCGAGCAUCUAAAAAGAUGGCGUCAGAUACGCAAUCAUUGGAGGAACACUUCCAAAGUCAAUGACCAACGUUAUCACAACUCUUAUGUUAUUCUGAAGACAAUGUUUGACAGGGCACAUGAAGGAUAAAGGGAAAAUGAAGAAGAAAAUUUUAAUAUUUCUUUUUAAUAGCCAGUGGUCAAAUAAAUAAUGUUAGGUUUUUACAGACUAUUUAUCAUUGCAAAACCAUGAUGUGUAUGGUUAAGAGAGAAGCAUAUUUAAUACUUUUUGGAUAAUUUGGAGUUUUCUACUUUGAAUUGCUAUGCCAGAGUAUAUAUAUAAGAAUAAGAAUUCAACACAUGUGACCUUUAUUUCUGGUUUUAUAGAAAUAAUUGGGUGGAACUGAUACUGUUUCAGUUAUUCAAUACUAAAAUUCAUAAAUUAUUGAAUAUUAGUAUUAUUUAUAGAUGUAUUUGGUAUGAGAUUUCCUAUGGCUAACACUAAACUUCAAAGUACUUUUAAUAAAGACAAAUUAUUGUGAGUAAGUCCAGGUUUUAUUUUAACCUAACAUUUGUGUAAAUGCUCACAGGGUGUUACCAUAGUAGAUUUUUAUAGUCCUGAUAAAAAAUUUGUAUUACUUCCAAGUAUGAAAAACUGAAGUUAAAAGAAUACUGUCAUAAAGUAAUAGGCACUGCAUCAUCACAAAAACAGCAGCUACAUUGUAUUCAUCAUCGAGUAUUUCUUUCCUUACUUAGUCCUAUGAACUCUGUACAACGGACACUUGUGGGUAAGUAAAUGACCAAUAUUCAUAAAAAAAGGAGGAUAAUAAAAAUACAGAAAUAUUUUUUAUAACAUUUAUCUUAAAUUAUAAGAAUAAGUUAAUGAACUUUCAUGAAGUUUAUAACGAGUAUGUUAUACACAAGCUUAUAGUAAGAAAAAUUGUCAUGAUGUUCUCACAACGACCAUAGCAUUUCUGAUUUUGAGACAUCGACAUCAGGGAGGAAUGUAUAAUGCAUAAUUGACAAAAUGCACUGUUGAUAGCUUGGUAGAGAGAACAAGUUGUAAAAUUCUUAUCAAAUCUUACCAAAAAGUCAUUCAGAAAUUGCAAAUUCUGGGUGAUUCACCUGUCAGAUAACUCACCAGCAAUACCACUGUUAAUAAAUAUACUGUAUGUAUUAGAUAUAAUAUUGAUGGGUCCAGAUUUGUGCAAAAACUGUAGCAAAUUUUAAUGAAUUUCCUUAUAAAACAUUUCUAUAAGCGUCCAUAUCCAUUCUUUAUACCAUUGCUUCAUAUCAUACUUAUCAGAGACAAUUAUUAUUUUAACCUUUACCUACUUUCAGUGAAACAAAUAUUCUCAACACUAUAAGACUGGUAUAUUAAUAUCAUUGUUGUUUUUAAACAUACCAAAAUACAAAAACUUAAACAGUAAAACCAUUACUCUAAGUUAAUCUCAUUAUUACCACUAUUAGAGUUGUUCUGGAACAGUACCUACAAAACAGUUCCAACUCUGACAAAAGAUCAUUGCCAGAGCAGAUGAAUGGUUAAAAAGCCACUGUGUAUGAAGACUUUUAUAAAGCCAACCAUUUUGAACUAGAAUAAUGCUAGAGUAAUGCAACCACUGUUGAACAGCAGAACAAUUACUAACAAUCUAACCUCGGACAAUCCUAAUACCAACACUGGAGUGCAAAUUGGCAGUUUCUCCUUCCUUACAAACCCAUAUUUCUAGGUACAGCACAAUUCCCGCUACUUAAAACCAUGUGGUAAUUAUUGCUGAUUUCUGGACCAAAGCCUGACCAUUCUCACUAGAGAAAACAUUUUAGAGUAUGACAAAGGCACAUUUACAAUACAUGGAAGAUGGUAGACUUGACUUUUUGUAUUCUGAUUAUAUGUUAUGGAAGCGUACACAUAACAAUAAAACUUGAACAUGUAAUUUUAUUUCAUGUCUGGAGGGCUCUGAGAAUUGUGAAAGAUUUAGAAAGCUGUUUCAUACAGAAUGGGCCUAUAUCUUAGGCUGAUGGACACAUUUAUUAGACAAUUAUUUAAAUCUCAUUUAACAUAAAUUUGAUUUUAUGCCUUUAUAUUGUAAACACUGCAUUGCUGAUAUAUUGAGAGCAAUGCAGGCAAGCACAAGAAAUGUGGAAUGAAUUGAAUAUUUUGAUUAAAAUGUAUAUAUGAAUUCAUUACACCAAUUAAAGAAAGAAAACUUAAGAUUAUUAUUUUAUGUAGGAACAACUAUAGUUAAGAAUGCAGUAUAGCUACAUAUUUUUCACAAAAAUUUCAUUACAUGACUUCAGAGGGCUGUGAACCACUUUAAUGAUCUAACAAAAAUUGUGUCAAAAGUAUUUUAGUUUUUUCUCAUAUAUCUUCCAAAAUAUUAGUUAACUAAUUAUUUCUUUAUAUUCAUGAUAAUCAUGUUGACAAUGCAAUUUUAUGCAUCUAAGAGUGCAAGUGUUAUUCAGGGAC